UACACUAAAAGGUUCUCGGGAUUGAAAUAUUUUUCUUACAGGGCUACGAAGAUGUAAUCAAAAUAGAGGAAUUAACAAGAUACGUGUACUUAAGCAAACGAACAAAUUCCACCGGGUAUGUCCCAUUGUGAAAUGAGAUUUGCAAUCACGAAAUGCAAUAAAUUGCAAUGCGAGAUCAUGGAAAGGGUUCACUUCAAAGCAAAGCUGCAAGAGUGCAUAUUAGUAAGCGUUGGCAAUAAACAACAACAAAAAUGUGGUCAACUAUGAAAAGAUUUCUCUUGCAAUUAUUUACUCCUGACGAUAGGAAUUCAGCAGUACUUGGUGCAGAAGAUAAUAAAAUAUGGCCACCUAUUCAUCCAUUUAUUAAAUUUACCGACUUUGGCAAAGAAUUGUUGUACAAUUGCACCAAAGUGGUUAAACCGGAUAUGAGCGAGAUUGACAUUGAAAAAUUUAUGGAAAAUUCAUGCAGCUUUUCUGUAGAGUUUGGCACCGAUACAUGUCGGGUGAUGAGCCAACCUACGGAACGUUAUCCAGUUAUUACGCAACAAAUCGCUUCGGCAUAUCCCAUAAUACAUGAACGAGUUUUAUAUUUGUAUCUGGCAUUCCUGGAGCACAAGUUGAAAUACGGAAAUCAAAUAGAACGUGCCAUUUACACAAGCAUGACACUAACCGCAUUUGUACAAAGGCUGCUAGAGAAGCGUUGUGCAUCAUUUUAUGGUUGUAUAGACAAGUAUCUUCUAGUCACUGGAGAAAAAGGCUAUGGCGGAUUUUGUGAAGUCGGUACUAGCGCCGAAAAAGCGCCGUUGCUGCUAAAGGAUGUAUUAAGCUAUGAUGAAAUUAAGCUUACCGCUUUAUUAUCAAUCUCUUCUCAUACGGAAUUCAUAAAUGAUGGCAAUCGUUACAACGAAGGCAUCGUCGAAGAAGACAAAUCAAAAAUCGAGCCUACAGGUGUCGUUAUUGGUCUGAUAGGCGGGCGCUUUCAAGUAAAGGAUGCAAUGGAAUGGCAAGAUAUAAUGAUUACUGCCUCGCAGAAUACUAGAGAGAAUGGUUAUGGAUAUACGCCACAAGAGUCAAAGGUUGGAAACUGUAGCAACGUUAGUUAUCGUCAGAUGUGGACACAAUUCUAUGAAGAGCAGGAUUUAAUUUAUGAAAACGUUAAAACACUGAAUUCGAAACGCUUCUUCAAAGGGCCGGAUACUAGAUUUAUUUUCGAUAACCUAAUGAUGAAGAAGCGCUAUGCUAUCUCUUUUGAUACACUGCUGCUGGAAGCAGAAGCGCGUGGCGCUGCUGCUAACAAGCAAAUGUAUGUACAUGUGGUUGGCAUAGGGUUGGGCUCGUGGAGAGCUGUGCCUCAGCAAGAAAAAAUAUUUUUAGAGACCUUCGCUGAACGUCUGCAAGAGCUACUAGCGCAACUAGCACACAUUUCCGUUGUGCACUUCUCAUAUUUCUCUAUGGCCGCGUGGGCGAAUUUUCAGGAUGGCGGAGUAAUUAAAUCGCAAACUCAUCCAGGAGGAGGUGUUAAAAUUUUCAUGCACAAUCGUAAUCCCGCACAGAAGUUGGCACCUGAAUUCGCAAAUAUGCUGAUAGUAGAGUCCUAUGCUUGGGCCGGCAAUGCACUUCCCGGAAACGAUUUUUGGCUUGGUGCACUGGCUUCUUCCGGUGAUCCCGCUGCUGCUUGUAGCACUCUCAUUUCCGAAUUGCAUAAUCCGCAUAUUAAUACAAAAAUGGUGAAUGGUGAUAAUUUACAUGUGGCUUCGAGUCGCUUUGGCGUUUUGCAUAUUGCAGAGUAUGCAAAGAAGAUUUUAGACCAUGAUGGUCAAAUAUUAAAUUAAAUACGUUUUUAUACCAGAACUAACUUUUUUACAUAAACUUUUUUAAAGGACUUUUAAAAAUUGCAGUUUGUAUUUACAUAAGUAUUUCCCAGUCCUGACAGCUCAUUCCAGGUAUGGUUCAGUGUCUAAAGCAAUGAGCUUUCACAAAAAAAACCUGUUUCAUGCUCUUCUCAACUUUGAGGAAAUGCUUAUUCCA